CUCUCCUCCGUUUCAAAACUCUCUCUCUCUCUCUCUCUCUCUCUCUCUCUCCUCUCUACCUACAGGUACUCUUCUGUCUCACUUGUACGCAAUAUGUAUAUACAUAUAUAAUUGCAUACGUAUUCGCCUGUAUAUUCUGAACCUUUCUGGAUCCUUCGUUUUGACAAAUUAGGGCUUCUCGCUCCGCGAGUAUCGAAAAGUAGUACUAGUAGUGUUUCGUUGAUUUAGAUUCAGCUGUUGAUACGGAUUUCUCGGAUACUAUUGAUUAGGCAGCUUCAAUGGCCACUUUCGGUGCCGCUUCGAAUGCUAAUAAUCCCAACAAGUCGGCUGAGGUAGCACAACCUCCAAGUGAUUCUGUAUCAAGUCUUGCUUUCAGUCCCAAGGGUAAUUUCCUUGUGGCAACUUCGUGGGAUAACCAGGUGAGAUGUUGGGAGAUAAUGCGGAAUGGGACCACCAUUGGCAGUGUGCCCAAGGCAUCAAUGUCACAUGACCAGCCGGUUUUAUGCUCAACUUGGAAGGAUGACGGUACAACUGUUUUCUCUGGGGGAUGCGACAAGCAAGUUAAAAUGUGGCCGUUAGGUGCCCAACCAGUUACUGUGGCCAUGCACGAUGCACCUGUUAAGGAUAUUGCAUGGAUCCCAGAGAUGAACCUCUUAGUGAGUGGAAGUUGGGACAAAACCCUGAGGUAUUGGGAUCUGAGACAGUCAACUCCAGUGCAUACGCAACAACUUCCUGAGCGCUGCUAUUCAAUUUCAGUGAGACAUCCACUGAUGGUCGUCGGAACUGCGGAUAGGAAUCUUAUCGUUUUCAACUUACAAAACCCUCAGACUGAAUUUAAAAGGAUCACCUCACCCUUGAAGUAUCAAACAAGGUGUGUUGCUGCCUUUCCUGAUCAGCAAGGUUUCUUGGUUGGUUCAAUUGAGGGCAGGGUUGGUGUACAUCAUCUUGAUGAAUCGCAGCAAGCUAAAAAUUUUACUUUCAAAUGUCAUAGAGAGGGCAAUGAGAUAUACUCAGUCAACUCGCUGGACUUCCAUCCUGUCCAUCACACGUUCGCAACUGCAGGAUCUGAUGGUGCUUUUAACUUUUGGGACAAGGAUAGCAAACAGAGGCUUAAGGCAAUGUCAAGAUGCAGUCAACCUAUACCUUGCAGUGCUUUCAACAGUGAUGGCUCGAUCUAUGCCUACGCGGUGUGUUACGAUUGGAGUAAGGGUGCAGAAAAUCAUAACCCAGCCACCGCAAAGACCAACAUUUUCCUGCACUUGCCACAGGAGUCUGAGGUGAAAGGCAAACCACGAACGGGAACCAGUGGCAGAAAGUGAAGCUGCUGCUUGUCAGCCUCGAGAAGAAUACAUCGUUGUUUCUGUAAAUGGAGAACAGUUUUUCAUCUUCCUUUUCCUACUUUACUUUUGGUCUAUGAGUUCUUUUUUCUUGUUAAUUCUAGAAGUUAGGGGCAGAGAUGAGGCCGCUCAGGUUUUUUCAAUCUAGAUUGUGAAUCUUCAGUCUCCUAGUAAUAUAGUUCUUUUCCCUUUUAGGUAUGCAGUUCACCAUUGUAACUUCACGAAUUAGCUUGUUACUUGUUGCAAGUACAGCGAAUGUUUUUCUCUAUGACCAGUUGGAUUUCAAGUUA